AUGGCUGAAGCUGUAGGAAUCGGGUUCGCCGUAGUCGGUUUACUUGCAGCAUUCAAAGGCGCCCUCGAUAGCUAUUUUCUCAUUGAAAGCAUAUUCGAAAAAGACAACGGUCUACGGGACUUGGUUCUCGGUUACAACAUCGAACGUGAGAAGCUCAAGAGCUGGGGCGAUCGAUUUGGAGUGAACGCUGGGACGGAGAAAGAUUGCUUGCUCGAUCGCGAACCUGAACAGAUCAAAAGAUUGAUGGCCGAGAUUUUUGGUAGAAUCAAAUACUAUCAUGGAGAAGCGGAAAAUUAUCUGACAAAACACGAAGCCUCCGACCACCCAGUAGACUACCACAUGAUGAACAACGUCGAUAGGGAUUUCAAAAAACAUCUGCGGUUGGACAGCGUUCAGGUGGACGCUAUGUCAAAAGCCCAGAUGAGCAAGCCGCAGAAGAAACGUGUGAAAUGGGCUAUCAAAAACAAGGAAAAGUUCGGAGAUGUUGUGAAAAUACUGAGAAAAUACAAUGAAGACCUUCUUGGCCUUCUUACAGAGUCUUCCGUACAUGCCUACACACGAGCAUUACCCGCAUACGUCCUCACAAUUCCCCACAAUGCCUUCGAUUUGCAACAGGCUCAAGGUCUUACUGGUCCGGCAAAUGUCCUCAUUCGUCAAGCUGCGCAUUUGAAGCUAUUACAGUCAACCGCCGCAAACACCCGCGACGCCGUGUCGAUCGAUUCACGACUCUUGGAAGAAACAACUGCUGUUCAAUCGUCACGAUCUAUUUGUAUAUAUAACAUAGUCAACACCAGUCUGAUUAGCGACGACGAUGACGACGAUGACGAGGACGUGGAAGAUGCGCCUAGCAAGCCUCGAAUAUGGACCGAGUGGCUAGAUAUCGAGAAUACACUUUCACCUGCAAAGAAGAACGACGCUCAAGAACGGAUCAAGACUCUGAGCGUCAUGCUACACAGCGCGCCUGCAUCAUUCCGCAUAGCGAAGUGCAUCGGCUAUCGCAACGAUCUUAGCAACCCCAAUCGUACAGGCCUCGUUUACCGCGUACCACAAGAUCUUGGCAUGGCUGUACCCAUCUCUUUGCUAGACAUCAUUAAGAGAUACAAGGAAAAGCCGACCCCACCGCUAGGCGAUAGGUUCAAACUCGCGCAAGCAUUGGCAACAACCCUGAUGCAACUACACACGUCUGACUGGUUGCACAAAGCUUUCCGCGGCGACAACAUCCUUUUUUUCUUGGGGCUCGCAGGUCCUAUAACCGACCCCUACGUUGCUGGCUUCGAAUACGCACGAGAAGUAAAUAUGCAGUCUCUGGGCGUGCGACCCAGCGGUCAGAAUAGUCUCGACUACUACUAUCACCCGAACGUGGGUAGUGGAUUCUCCAAGACGCUCGACCUGUACAGCCUCGGGGUAGUUCUACUCGAGAUUGCGUACUGGCGGCCUCUACGUUCGAAGAUCCCACCUGAACAUGCGAAAUCGCUGGGGUCCAUCCACAAGCUCUUCGUUGAGUCGGCAGAUCACAAGCUGGACGCUGCUGUUGGAAGCAUAUACGCUAACGUGGUGAGGACGUGCCUGCAGUGCAAACUUUUGGAUGACGAUUUGGGAGAUGGAUUUGCAUGCGCUGUAAACACUGAGAUUGUGCUACAGCUUGAGCGUUGCGUUGCUUGA